GGGAGACGCGUGCUCAGUAUCAGUGGAGAUUCCGAGAAUUUCGCGUUUGAGUCCGUUUGCCAGAGUGAAAUGGUGAUAGUUUUACACAAACACAUGUGCUAUACGUUACUACAAGCCCUGCACGUGUGUGAGUGGAUCCGCUGAAACCUGAAGUGAACAGAACACUGUUCGGCAGGUCGCAACGUGCUUUUACACUAAAACCAGUGUUGGUAGACCUCUGACUUCCCUCCGUUUGCUCCAAGUCGUAGAGCUACAGUUGGCGGUCAGUGUCCGUCUGUCCAAGUGUUUGUUUGUGUUGCACCAUGCUCAAAGACAUCACCUCGCUGAUCCUGCGUCACACUCUGGUCUCUCGCUCGCACCUCACGCCGGAGCUGUCUCUCCGUCUCAUCACGCGCGGGUGUGAGGCGUGGGGUGCGCGUGCGGAGGAUGUGCCAUUUGUGGACCCCUACUGGGGGUUCUACUGGCCGGGGGGGCAGGCUGUGGCUAGGUACAUUUUAGACAAGCCCCGGUUCUUCCAAAGCCGCCGUGUGCUAGACGUGGGCUGCGGCUGCGGCGCGCAGGCCAUCGCGGCGGCCACGGUCGGGGCUGAGAGGGUGCUGGCUAAUGACAUUGACGUUAAUGCACUGGAAGCUACUACGAUAAAUGCCGAAUUGAACAAUGUAUCGGUAGAAACUAGUGAAAAGAACUUUAUUGGGACGAAAUGUGAAGGAUUUGAUACAAUUUUGAUUGGGGACAUGUUUUAUGAUGAAGAAUUUGCGAAGAGCCUGUUUGAAUGGCUGAGCAAGUUAACGGAUAGCGGGAAACUAGUACUAAUAGGCGACCCGGGCCGCCACGGCCUCACAGCCUCCCGCAUCUCUUCCAUGACUCGCCUGGCGAGCUACACACUGCAUGAAGACACGUGUCUCGAGAACCGAGGCUUCACUGAGGCUGCCGUGUGGAGGCUUGAGAAGUGAUUUGAGUGUGAAAUUAUAUGGAACUUGGAGAUUG